GCGGAACCAACAUGGCCGAUCUCUGAGUUUGCGAAGUGAAACUCAGGUGUAAAUAAGCUCUUCGUGCCCAAAUUGCAGGACUUAUCACUUUAAUCUCUAAAUUAAUUAAUGAGAGAUCGCUCAGAAGACAAAUUAUGGCCAGCGACGGCAACAAAAAACAGUUUUGGAAGAGAAAUACAGCUAAGGUUCCUGGAAAUAUUCAGCAUGUUUAUGGAGCCCAGCAUCCGCCAUUUGACCCUCUUCUACAUGCCAACUUGAUGAAAGCAGGAAACAGGCCUCCCCCCACAGGCACACCAGGAAAGCCAAAGAAAGCCACCACCUUCCAAGAGUUUGAGAGCAUCACGAGUGAUGCCUGGGACGUUGCAGACGAUGAUGAUGAACUUCUUGCAAUGGCAGCCCAGAACCUUAACAUUGAGGUCGUCAUGGAGACGGCCAAUAAGGUGAUAGAGAACCACAGCAAGCUGCAGGAGCAGAGACAGCAGCAGAUGGAUAAGAUCACUGAGCCUGAUGAGAAAGAUGGAGAGGAAGAGGAGGAAGAGCUAGAGGAAGAGAGAGAGGAAGUGGCAGAGAUGACAACAGAUCUGUCGUUCAUUUCAGAUUUUCUGCGGCACAGUGAAAACAGACUGGUGAAGUCGCACAGCGUGGCAACUGUCGGCUCCCCUAAAGAGGUGGGCGGCGAGCACGCAGGACUCCACAGACAGCAGUCGCUCCCGCACAGACCUGUCAUUCCACUGGUGGCCCGUAUGGCGGAUCAGAACACAUCCGGAACCCCAGCCAUGACCGAGAGAGAGGCGUCACGACUCGACAAGUUCAAACAGGUUCUGGCCAGCCCGAAUACUGAUCUGGAGGAGCUUCGGAAGUUGAGCUGGUCUGGAAUUCCUCGGCAAGUUCGGCCUAUCACGUGGAAGCUGCUCUCAGGGUACCUGCCUGCCAACGCCGAGCGCAGAGAAAGUACACUGCAGAGGAAGAGACAAGAAUACUUUGGCUUUAUCGAGCAGUACUACGACUCCCGCAAUGACGAACACCACCAGGACACAUACAGACAGAUUCACAUAGAUAUUCCCCGAAUGAGUCCGGAAAGUUUAGUUCUUCAGCCCAAGGUAACAGAGAUUCACAUUGACAUUCCGAGAACUAAUCCUCUUAUACCUCUCUUUCAACAAGCUUCUGUGCAAGAGAUCUUUGAACGGAUUCUGUUCAUCUGGGCGAUUAGGCAUCCGGCCAGCGGUUAUGUCCAGGGCAUCAAUGACCUUGUCACACCCUUCUUCGUUGUUUACAUUUUUGAGUAUAUUGAGGAAGAGGUGGAAAAUUUCAAUGUUUCCAGCUUGCAGGAAGAGGUGUUGCGGAACAUAGAGGCUGACAGCUUCUGGUGCAUGAGCAAGCUCCUGGACGGAAUUCAGGACAACUACACCUUUGCCCAGCCAGGGAUCCAGAGGAAAGUAAAGGCACUGGAGGAACUGGUUAGCCGGAUUGAUGAGACGGUACAUCGGCACAUGCAGCAGUAUGAGGUUGAGUAUUUGCAGUUUGCCUUCCGCUGGAUGAACAACCUGCUUAUGAGAGAAUUGCCUCUACGCUGUACAAUUCGCCUGUGGGACACUUACCAGGCGGAGCCGGAAGGAUUCUCUCAUUUCCAUCUCUAUGUGUGUGCCGCCUUCCUGGUCCGAUGGCGGAAAGAUAUAUUAGGGGAGAAGGAUUUCCAGGGCCUGAUGAUUUUGCUCCAGAACCUACCCACAAUGCACUGGGGCAAUGAAGAAGUGAGUGUUCUACUGGCUGAAGCGUACAGGCUUAAGUUUGCCUUUGCCGACGCUCCCAACCAUUACAAAAGAUGAGGCUCCGCCCUUCGCAACUACUUAUUAUGACCACCCCAGCCAGCCUUGGUGGCGCCACUGGUUACGUGAUAAUAUUAAACAAGUACCAUGAUAUUUUUUAAGGGGAUGGAACUGUGUACAUUGGUCCACAACUGUUCCUGAAAAUAUUCUGCAACACUCCAAAUGCCAGGAGUCACUGGACGUCAAAUUCUUGUGCUCUUUAAAUACACUAUUCUGUGUAUAUGGUUUUCUUCAAUUUAAUUCCAACCCUCUUUUAAAAACGUUUCCAAGAAAGAGUAUUUCACGCACUGAAUCUGCAGAUAAAUUCAUUUAAACAGACAGGUGACCCAUCAACACUGAGCAGUUGCCACAGCAACAACAGGAUGGACACUGUCCCAAUUGAUUCAAGGCAAUAAUCAAACAUUACUGAGACAAGAUGGUUUAUAAACUCUCGCAGUAGGACCUUUUGGCUAAAACGUCUUCGAACACUUAUUUUAACCUUGGUCUACCUCAGGAAUUAGCUAGUAGUCAUAGGAUGAUGAUUUUGUCUCUGUAUUAGAACAAUGUCCAUGAUGGAAUUUGGAAUGGAGUCAAUAAAAUCAGCAUUACUGUGGCGGCUGGAGUUUUGUGAGUUGAGGAGAAUGUAAACUGAAGAGCUGAUUAAAUUUCUGCUUUCUCAGUUGCUCACAGGACUGUCAGUUUCAUGUCCAAUUUUGAUACUGAUUUAAUAAUCCAUACUGACUGUAUGAUGUUGUCAUUAAUAGACAUGCUUGGGGAUAUCAACUACAGAUUUUUGACAUUUUCUCAGCAUUUGAACUGUGCGCUGUUUCAAUCAUGUCAUCGAGCUUUUAAAUGCGUGUGCCAGUUCUUAUAACUAAAUAUAAGUGAAACUGCUCUUGAUUAGAGUCUAAUUUCCCCCUUCUGUACAAGAUAUAUUAUAUGAAUCAGUUUUUUUUAUCCUACUUUUUUUUUCCUUUUAUAUACUGUUUACAUGAGCCAGUUAAGUUGUGCCUAACUCUACAGAUCAAUGACAUCACAGAUAUUUAUUUUACUUUUUUGAUAAUUAAGGAACAUUUGCCAUCACUCCCAUUGUGUUUUACAUAAACAGUUCUGCAGCUAUACUGGUCACCAUUAGCUUUCUGAUGGAUGGUAUAAAAUGUACUGUAACUGACGCUCAGUGCCUGGACACAUGGGCGUUACAGUACAAGUGACUUGGUUUUUUGACUUCAACCUACAGAAAUGUCUGGAUGGAUUUGAAAAGAACUACUGAGUGAAAUGUUCUUAAAUGUUCUUGAAUUAAAUAGCUGUGCACAAAAUUAUGUUUUCAAAGAUGUGUAAAUACAAAAAAAAAAAAAAAAAAAAACAAUGUAAAUAAAUACGAUAUAUAUAUAAUUA